AAUAUACAAAGGCCAAUUGAGUCAAAAUAUAAAAGCCUUUUACCCUAGAAAAUUCUCUCUCUCUCGCCGUUCUUCAAAUGUUUCGCCAAUUAUUCUUCUAAUAAACAUCCAAUUUCUCCUCUUAAUUACUUUGCUUUACAGUAUGUUUGGUUGUUUCAGUUGAUGCAGGAUGGAUAGGGUUUGCAUCUAUAUUGCUUACAAUGGCAAAUGGACUGCAGAUAACAAGUAUUUGGAUCAUGAGAUCAAGCUAAUUCUUGUGAAUGAUGGGAUAACAUUUGAAGGUCUCGUCGAGAAGAUUUUUCAGGUUCUACAACUGAAAAUGGGUGAGAUUAAAGCAAAUAUUUGGUUUGAUACGAAUCUAGAAACAAGCAAAGGAAUGCUAGUAACAAACGACGAGGAAGUUACUACUUGCAUCUACUUGCUGAAAAAUGAUCCAAAUUUCAAGACUUCCCGUUUCAUUGUUGAUAUUGCGGAAGGCAACUCUUUGUCCAUCGUCAAUAUUGUACAACAAGAGGAAAUGCAGAUUGAAAGAGAUGAAGCAUCCAUACCGGUUGAGCCAAUAUCAGAGUUUGAACCUCUGGAAACAAAAUCAUCACAUGUUAUGAAACUGCGUAAAAGGCCCCAGAACAGAAAAAUAUCCAAAAAAAGAAAAAGGUCAAGGAGUAAAAGAGAAGAUUUGCCUAGCGUGAUUUUGAGAGAGAAUGCUUCAUUGGAUGAAAUAGUUGUGGGGUCUCUGUUUGCGAACAAAGAAUGUUUAAAGAAAUGUUUCACAAAUAGCGCAAUCAGAAACCACUUUAAAUUCAAGACCGUCAGAUCAACCAAAAAAAGAUAUUAUCUCAAGUGUUAUGAUGAUGAAUGCAAUUGGUUUUUGCAUUCUUCCCGGAUCAAUGAUUCUGCGUUAUUCAAGAUAUGUAAGUAUGUAAAAACCCAUACUUGCUCUGCUGAUGUGUUUAAACCUGACCAACAACGGCACGCAACAUCAAGGGUCAUAUCUGGUUACAUCCGUGAGCUUCUACCUGAAUAUGAAACAGAAAUGACACCAAAUUUUGUGAAGGAAGAAAUGAGAAAGAGAUAUGGACUGAACAUUAGUUACCACAAAGCAUGGCGUUCAAUACAAUUAGCUUUUGAUGUGAAAAAUGGAAGUCCUGAACAGAACAAUGAAUUGCUUCUGUCUGAACAAGAACAGAACAAUGAAUUACUUCUGUCUGAACCAGAACAGAACUUUGAAUUGCAUCCAUUUGAACCAGAACAGAACAAGGAAUUGCUUCCAUUUGAACCAGACCAGAACAAUGAACUGCAUCAAUCUGAACCAGAACAGAGCAAUGCAUUGCUUCCGUCUGAGCCAGAACAGAAGAAAGAACUGCUUCCAUCUGAACCAGAACAGCACAAUGAAUUGCAGCUGUCUGAACCAGAAAUGAAGAAAAAAUUGGUUGUGUCUGAACCAGUACAGAACAAUGAAUUGCUUCAAUCUGAACCAGAACGGAAGAAAGAUUUGCUUCCGUCUGAACCAAAACAGAGCAACGAAUUACUUCCAUCUGAAGAAACAAACCUCGGAAGGGAUGAUCAGACUCAAACCUGAUAAAGAGUCCAACAAAAAUUGUAGCAUGCUAUAUAUUUCUUUCCAAACCUGGACAAUUGAUAGCUGGAUUUGGUCUCAAGGGCAGCUUACUCUGGACACAAUAAUUUACAUAAUAGUUAUUCGGGAACUAGCUAAUCAGAGAUUCACACUGUUGUACAAAGGGAAGUUUAGUGAGUUUCAUUUUAUUAGGUUUAUCAUUUUCCUUUUUAAUACUAUAGUUUGACAGAAUAUGUUUCUGGCAAUGCUUUCUUUUCCUGUGAACUGCAUUUGAAUAUGAUAAAAGGGAGUGAUAGAUAAUCGUCCAGCUUUUGGACGCACUUCAUUUGAGAUGGUAAACACUUCAUUGAACAUAGAUUAAAUUAUUAUGGGAAACUUUCAUUGAACGUAUGUUUCA